CUGCGCCCCACCGGCCUCUCGCCCAGCCCGCGGGCGCCGCGCCAGUACAGCCCGCUCACCGUGCGCCUCGUCGAAGGGCUGGCGCGUGUCAUGGGCUACAACAGCACCACCAGCACCGCGAUCCGCGUCACCAGCGACCUGUACGACGAGUGCGCGCAGCGCAGCGUGCAGGACCCCUUCUGGCACGAGGAGUGCGGCCUGCCACGGACAUAUCAGACCUGGUUCCAGCUCACGAACCUGCACGUGUGGCUGCUCAUCGUGCGCUUCCGCGCGCUGCCGCCCAACGAGGCCAAGGUGUACACGCAGGAGAUCGUCAACCACUUCUUCCUCGACGCCGAGUCGCGCAUGCGCGACCGCUUCGGCAUCUCGACGAGCCGUCUCGUCAAGGGCUACAUGCGCGACCUGCACCAGCAGCAGCGCGGCUCCGUGCUCGGCUUCGACGAAGGGCUGGCGCACAGCGAGAGCGACGCGCGCCUCGCCGCGGCGCUCUGGCGCAACGUCUGGGGCCAGGGCUGGGGCGUCGUCGGCGGCGUGAAGCGCAAGGUCACCGGCAUCGACCGCACCAACAAGGGCGAGGACCCGAGCGAGGAGGGCUCGCCCGAGCUGGCACGCGACCGUGCC